UAAGACACGUCCUAUUUAGCCAGGCAGCACAGGUCAAUUUUUCAUUGGAACUUACCUGGCAAAAUGGAUCACCUAAUGGCUUCACACGAGAAAUGAUUUUUGUGAACGAUGUUUUUCCGGGUCCAUCCUUGUAUCUCGACGAGGGAGAUGAUGUGACACGAAAUACACCUUGGAGUGAUGGUGUAUCUGGUCUAUCGCAAUGGGCUAUUCUUCCAGGUGCCAGACAUGUUUACAAGUGGAAAGCUACCCAGUAUGGAACCUAUUGGUACCACUCCCAUGAUAGGUCCAGAAUAAUGGAUGGGCUAUACGGCGCAAUAUUUAUUCGGCCUACAGCAAACCGUGAAUCGCCUUUCUCAAUGAUCUCAAGCGAUCCAGCUGAAAUCGAGGCAAUGAAAACAGCGGCAUCGAACCCACAACUCGUCGUGCUUUCUGAUUGGGAUCAUUUGACCUCGGACGCUUAUAUGCAGGCCAUGAGAGAAUCAGGAUAUGAUAUCUUCUGCUCCGACAGUGUCCUUAUCAAUGGUAGUGGGUCUGUCUACUGCAAGGAUCCGGAGGAGUUGACGGCGCUACAACCACCGCAGAUUAGACAAGUGGUCAAUGAAAGUUUGACUGAUAAAGGAUGCAAUCCAUUCCUGGUCACUCUGCAGGGAGAUUGGAAACACAAUCCUGCAGCACUUCCUGGGGGCCUCAACUCUGGGUGCGUCCCGAGUCAAGGUGAUACAACCAUAUUCCAAGUUGACCGUGACGCAAAAUGGGCAAGUUUCAACUUCAUCAGUGCGGCGAGUAUCAAGGCACUGGCUGUAUCUAUUGAUGAACACCCUCUCUACAUAUACGAGGUGGAUGGUCGUUAUAUUGAGCCUCAAUUGGCCCAUGAGUUCCCGAUAUACAAUGGGGAGCGGUACUCAGCCUUGGUCAGAUUAGAUCAGCGCUUGGCGAAUUACACAAUGCGUGUCGCUGGUAAUGGCAAUCAAGUCAUUUCCGGCUUCGCAACCUUGUCCUAUCAUGGAAGCGAGCAGAAUUCAUACCAGUCAGUUCCUUAUAUUGACUAUGGAGGCAUCAACACGACUGAUUCUGUCAUUGUUCUUAACACCACACAUCUGCCACCAUAUCCCCCAAUACUGCCUGCGGAAGUCGCUGAUGAGUUUCAUCUUCUAACUCUUGGGAGGCUGAACUCAUCCUGGGAAUGGACAUUAGAUGGUACGACCUUCCUUCCGGCUACGCUAUCGGCUAUGAAACCAGCUCUUUAUGAUCCGGGUUCACCUGAUCUGGCACCGUCACUCAAGAUCACCACAAAAAAUGACACCUGGGUCGAUAUCGUCUUCCAGCUGGCGAUACCACCACCAACACUUCUUCAGCCUCCCCACCCAAUCCAUAAACAUUCCAACAAGGCCUUUUUGAUUGGAGCAGAUCACGGCAAGUUUGUGUGGAGCUCCAUUGAAGAUGCUUCGAAGGAAUCGCCUGAAAGCUUUUUGCAGACACCCCUUUAUCGAGACACUUUUGUCACAUCACCUAGUGGCGAGGCAUGGAUCGCGAUCCGUUAUCAUGUGGAGAACCCAGGGGCGUUUCUCUUGCACUGUCACAUGGAGACACACCUCUCAUCAGGCAUGGGUAUGGUGAUAUUAGAUGGGAUUGAUGCUUGGCCAGCAGCUAUUUGA